UUUAUUCUUUGUCGCAAAGGAAAGAAAUGGCGUCAACAAGUAAACGUACGAAGAUAAGUGCUAAUUCUCAUCAGCAACCUUUGUCAGUGGACGAUUUGUCGGAUUAUGAGGUUGACUUGUUAUCAGCAGCUUUACACAAACUUUGUUCAGCUCGGGCUGUGGAUAACAUUAAGCUUAUUCCUUGUAAACUGAACUCUUGCAAUGCAGGACUCAUCAAUGGAGCAGGGAUCCGUUUUUCUGAGGCAUUUUGCGAUUUACAGAGCUUUGACAAAGGAUUCUUUAUGGGGAAUAUAUUUAGAAAAGGGCUAGAUAUUGGAGUCGAUUUCCUAGAUGGGAAAAUUCCAGAGUCAAAGCAAGAAAAGAUGUUACUUGAAAAACUUGUUAACUUCAUUAAGUCAGAGGAGAUGGUUGAAGUGGAAUUUGAAAAUAAAGUUGACAGGACAGUUUAUCUGGCUAAUCAUUUGUUUGGGAAGUUGGCCCUUUCAUGGUGGUACACCAUAGACAAAAGCAGUAAAAUCAGACAGAGAGGCAGUAAAUGUAGUUGCUCCAACAAAAGUUGUACGUUAACAGGAAAAUAUGGAGAUACAAGUAUAGGAAACCCACAGGUGUGGCAUGGCAGUGUAGACCUUAUAAUAGGAAGUGAUAUCGUGAUUGAGAAUUUAGAAGAGGAACCAGUUUAUCCAGAUGGUUUAUCAGUUAAGGCGCAAAAUGAUGCCAUAACAAGAAAUUCCAAGCUGGUUGCCGAAACAAUUGUGAUGUCAUUUCUUCAGAAGAAAAACCACCCUGAAAUGUCUAGUUUUCUCAUCCCUUGUUUAGGCAUUGGAGAAAACGUACUGCUGAUAAUGUUCUAUGAUUCGGAACAUGAUGUUUUUCUAGAGAGCUCAGUUAUACCAUUGUUUUCAGAACUACGCAAAAACAGGUUUUCAAUGGAGGCCAUUUUAGUUUCAUGGCUUGCUGUCAAUUACAAAUUUUUAAGUACUGGUUUGACAAAUGAUAUGCUUUCUUAUACAGCAGGUUUCUGUAAACAAGCCAAGAGCAGCAUAGCUAUUUAUGAGAAUCAGUUGACAUUCCAAAAUGUAGGCCUAGCUGAAGUAGUAGACAUUGAUUUACCACAGGAAUGGGAUUAUAAUGCUUAUCUGUUAGAGAAAAAUGACAAAAUUGAUGAAAUGAACAGAAAACGAAGAUUCAAGGAUUGCAAGAAUUAGUCAUUAGAAAUAUAAGUUGUUCAUUGUGUAUUUUAAAAUUUACUGCACUUUGUAUCAGUUUUUAAGGUCUACAUUGCUUUUCCAUCAAACAUCCUUAUUUUUUUUCCUCAGGAACAUUUGUGUCACAGAAGCUGCCCUUUCAUUAUUGAUCCUCUGAAUGAAGUUUAAAAAAAAAA